AUGGGACUGGCCGUCAGCUAUGCGAUCGCGGACAAGACCUUCCUCGAGCGGACCAAGCCCCGAGUGGAGCAGAUGUUGACCGACAUACGGAACGAGUUCGACCAAAUGGUGCUGGAGACGGACUGGAUGGACGCUUAUACCAAGUACGAGUCGCUGGAGAAGUCCAAGGCCAUGAAGUCAUUGAUCGGGUUCCCCGAGUGGAUUCUGGACGAUGAGAAACUGGAGGAGCACUAUCAAGGGAUCAGUCCAACGCAUCACGUGGAAAACUGGGUUACCGCUUUGGAGUUCAUGAAUACGGAAUGGUUGCGUUCAUGGCGGGUGAAGAACAGUAAAGUUUGGGACAUGGACCCAACGGUGGUCAAUGCGUACAACAUCUUCGAACGGAACGCGAUCAAUAUCCCAGUAGCCAUCAUUCAGUAUCCGUUCUACUACCUUGGAUUGGAUGCGCUCAACUACGGUGCCCCUAGGGGAAGUUCUAGGCAUGAACUGACCCACGGGUUCGACAACGCAGGCCGCCACUACGACAAAUACGGCAACGAGAAACGCUGGUGGUCCAACCAUACGCCUGCAGGAGUACGACAAGCGCGCCCAGUGUCUAGAGGAGCAGUACAGUUCGUACUACUUUCCGGAAGCGAAGGCAUUUAUCAAUGGUACGCUGACGCUCGGGGAGAACAUUGCGACAACGGAGGACUUCGGGAAGCAUUCCGCGCUUACAAGGCGUACGUGAAGCGCAACGGUCCCGAACCAGUGUUGCCAGGCUUCGAGGAUUUCACUCAACGAACAGUUGCUGUUCAUCUCCAAUACUGCGAAACGGUAAGCCCAGCGGUUGCCAAAUAUUUGGUCAAAGACGAGCACAGUCCGUCCAAGUUUCGGGUCCUUGGGGUGCUGAGUAACAUGCCGGAGUUUGGCGAAGCCUACCAGUGCCCUAGCGGCAGCAAAAUGAAUCCAAAGCGGAAGUGUCGCGUGUGGUGA